UGAAGGGGAACUCUGUUUUUCUCUUCAUCAUCUCUUCUUUGUUGGCCGUUUCCUGCACAAUCAAUGAAAAAAGUUUUGAUUUUUCCUUCCAAGUGAGUUUUUAGAGGAGGAAAUAUAUAUCUCUUUAUAUAUAGAGAGAGUGAAGGAGAGGUUUUAGAGGGAGAGGGAGAGAGAGAGAGAGGGGACAUGGAGGGCAUAGAUGAAGAAGAGAGUGGAGGAGAGGAAGUGUUAGGGUCAAGCUUGACGAUGGAGAAGGUGGCGGCGGCCAAACAGUUUAUCGAGAAUCACUAUAGAGCUCAUAUGAAGAAUAUUCAAGAACGCAAAGAAAGACGAUGGGUCCUGGAGAGAAAGUUAGCUUCUUCAGAUGUGCCCAAGGAGGAACAGAUCAAUCUUAUAAAGGAUUUAGAGAGAAAAGAGACAGAGUUUAUUAGACUUAAAAGGCACAAAAUUUGUGUUAGUGAUUUUGAUCCUUUGACUAUUAUCGGAAGGGGAGCCUUUGGUGAGGUUCGAUUGUGCCGAGAGAAGAAAUCUGGAAAUAUUUAUGCAAUGAAGAAGCUAAAGAAAUCGGAAAUGCUUAAGAGAGGGCAGGUCGAACAUGUUAGAGCAGAGAGGAACUUGCUGGCAGAAGUUGCAAGUCACUGCAUUGUAAAACUUUAUUAUUCAUUUCAGGAUGCUGAAUACUUGUAUUUGAUCAUGGAAUAUCUUCCUGGAGGUGAUAUGAUGACUCUGCUGAUGAGGGAAGAUACCUUAACUGAGAAUGUGGCUAGGUUUUACAUUGCUCAAAGUAUCUUGGCCAUCGAGUCUAUUCACAAACAUAAUUACAUUCACAGAGACAUUAAACCUGACAACCUUCUUCUGGACAAAAAUGGUCACAUGAAGUUAUCCGAUUUUGGCCUUUGUAAGCCUAUUGAUUGCAUGAAUUUACCAGCAAUCCAUGAGAAUAAGCCGCUGGAUGAUGAAAAUAUAACAGAACCAAUGGAUGUUGAUGGAUGUAUUCCUGAUGCCAACGAGAAAAGCAAUUGGAGAAGCCCUCGUGAGCAGCUUCAGCAUUGGCAAAUGAACAGAAGAAAGUUGGCAUUUUCAACUGUGGGAACACCUGACUACAUAGCUCCUGAAGUGCUACUGAAGAAAGGAUAUGGCAUGGAAUGCGACUGGUGGUCAUUAGGAGCAAUUAUGUAUGAAAUGCUAAUCGGAUACCCGCCAUUCUUUUCUGAUGAUCCAAUUUCCACAUGCAGGAAGAUUGUGCGUUGGAGGAAUCACCUAAGAUUUCCUGAAGAUUCGAAGAUAAGUCAUGAGGCAAAGGAUCUUAUAUGUAGAUUGCUAUGCGAUGUCGAGCACAGAUUGGGUACUGGAGGGGCAAAUCAAAUUAAAGCUCAUCCUUGGUUCAAGGACAUUAUAUGGGAUAAGCUGUAUGAGAUGGAGGCAGCAUUUAAACCUGAAGUGAAUGGGGAGUUAGAUACUCAAAAUUUUAUGAAGUUUGAUGAAUUGGAUCCUCCAGCAUCGGCAAGAACUGGCUCGGGAUCCUCACGGAAGAUGUUUUUAACUCCCAAAGAUUUAAGUUUUGUUGGCUAUACAUACAAGAACUUUGAUGCUGUCAAAGGGCUACGCCAUGGUUUCGAUUUCAAUAAUCCAUCAAUGGAACAGCCACCUGUUGAUUCUAUAUACAGUGAUUCCGGGGUAGGUUAUCCUGCGAAGCAGUUGGCCGAGGAAACAGAUAUGCAGAUGCUUGCAUCGGCAGGUGAUCCCAUGUUGCCAUAAAGUAACCAAAGCCUAAUAUACCCCAUAUAUAUAUAUUGGGAUGUUUCUGCUUGCGUUGAGUUCGGUAACCCUCCCAAAUCCUGCAGUUCUUGUGGAGUGGCUGCCAUCUGAUUAUCGGAAUCAGUCAAUGAAAUGUACAGUAAUAUUUAAGAAAGAUUUUGAAAACCGGUUUCCGAGUUGAGUGGCAGGACAAGGGAAACCCUUAGCCAAAAAGGCAUUGUGUUUGAAUUUAGAUGAGAGUUGUGGAUGCACUGGCUGCCCAGGUUGGCUGUGUUAAAAUUUGCCUUCUCUAGUGGCAGUUUCUGGUCUAAAUUUUUAAUUGGUAGCACAAAACUCUUGAGAAACUCCAUAGCCAUUUUGGGAGCAACGAUGCUACCCUUAUUGUUGUGUGUAAACUUAUAUUUACCAGAAACUAGGAAUUAAUUGUGAGGAAACAAAUAUUUUGCGGAUACAA